CCAUAUUGCUGUACCGUGGAUUGGUGGAAUGCAGCACACUUUGCACUUCGCCCUCCAUCCAGACUUGUCACUACUGGCCUUGCUGCUCAAUCGUCUCUCCUCUUCACUGCUCCGCGAUUUCACCCCACUCUCUCAUUUGCACACGUCCCUGGUUCUCAUCACUGCCCCAUCAGAUUUUUUGAGUUCACCCUGAAUACGACGAAUCUUCCGAUUACGCUGAAGGUGAGUGCUCCAUUAGAAGCAUGGAGAUUGCUGUGAAGUUGUUGGGGGUGGAGUUUCUCUUGGACGUUUGCUCGUUCCCAGUGCCGUAAUACGACGUUUGUCCUGGCCUGAGGGAAGUUCAGGAGGGGUGCACCCGCAGCGCCUAAAGAAUUAUGUGAGAGUUUUAGUGUAUUCUGCUGGUAAUUACUCGCAGUAAUGGCUGUAACGGCUGCAAUGGCUGCGAGGCUGACUGUAUCGAUUCCGUUGUCUUCUCUAUCCUCAACACCCCGGCAAGGCCUCCACACCCUCCCUGCAGCCUCCCGUAUUGCCUUCUGGAGGUCCGGCUUGAUAGAAAAUGUAGGUUCUGCGUCGAGGUUCACUUUGUUGCACUCUACAGCUACUUGGGUUCGACAUCCCAAACCGAACCGUUUUCUGCGAGCUGCUCAAUCGAGUACCGACAAUAAGAAUGCGAAGGACGAUAAUCUUGAAAUAACGAAGCAGAGGCUUCAGGAGUUAUCGGCAAGCUUGGUGCUACCUGCCAACUACUUUGAGAGGUUGCCCAGUGACCUGCGGGUAGAUUGUAAAGAUGCAGCAUUCGCACUGUCAAAUGGAGCCCUCAACGACGAGUGUGGGGAGCAAGCAGGAGACUUGCUGAUGCAAUUAUCACGAACAUGGGAGAGGUGUGACACUUCAGCCGCUGCGGCUGUUGCUAAACAACUCCCAACGCUCUUGGACAAACUACCGAAUCAAUCAAGCUCGCAAUCUGUCGGAAGACGUUUCGUUCGUGCGGGAAGGUUCUUCACUGCAACAGGGCAGUAUGAAAACGGAGAACUUCUCAAGAUUGGAAAAGCUUUAACUGCUGCAGGAGAAGCCUUUUCUGUUGGUGAUCUUCCAGUUACGGAGACACCUGUGGCUACUACCAAAGCCUUCAAGUUUGGAGACCUUCAAUUGGAAAUCACAGCGCAGAAGGCUUACUUCGGAGCUGCGGUGUCCGUCGUCUUUGGACUGUUGUCAUGGCAAUUGACUUCUGGUCUGCAAAACCAAUCAGACAACUCAUUGCAGUUUGCAAACGACAACGCAUUCCUCCUUGCAACGUCACUGCGAGGAGCUUUGCUGGCAGCCGGUUAUUUCUGUGCUGUGCUAUCAGCACUUACUAUGGUUGGUCUUCUUGUCUUGGCAAGCACAAUUGGCAAAGAAGAGAAAUAGUGACACUAUUCAGCAGCCCAGAAAAUUAAUGACAAUGAAGAAUCUUUCCAGCAAUGAAUAAUUUUGAUUUGCUAGAAAUUGCCAACAAUUGUGUGCCUGAAAAUAAGCUGUGGAUUUUCUUGUACUCGAUCGA